AUGCUCUUACGAAAUCUCACAACUCCCACUCAGCUGCGAAGUUUUGAGCGGUCCUUCUGCACUAGCAUGAAGGUUUUUCAAAAUCACCAAAAUUUUAAUAUACUACCAUCCCGCUUGGUUAAAGGUCCUAAAACGUCUUCUAACCCAGCUAAGAAUCUCAGGAGAAGCACGAUCCCCAAAAUUGAAAACUCUACGUCAAGAUGUGGUAAUUAUAGCCAAUCUGGCGAUGCCUUCAAAAUUGAUGAGUGUACCACCAUCACGACAAGUGAAGCUUACGAUUUGGAAAAGGUAAAAUGUCUACUGAUAGGAUCAGGCUAUCAUCCGGCUAGCUUGGUACCAGACGAGAUAAUCUCCUUCAAAUACCUAUACAACGGAUGCAUGUCUGAUGUUAUGAUUUUGGGCAACUGUGGAACAGUAGUGUCGUGGGGCCUAGGAGAAUCAUUCGUUACUGAGAACAUUUUAUCCUUGAUACAGGAUGCUAGAGUAAAUGCUCUAGCCGAUAAUGAAAUAGAGAGCGAGGAUCUGGACUUUAUAGAGAUUGAGUCAAAAGAGGAUCUGGAAAAAGUUAAGCGCCUGACAACCAAGUCUGGAGACGAAAGUUUUAUAGAUGGCGACAUGAUAUUCGUUAACUCGAUUGAUCCAAAUUUGGGACUUCUAGAUAAAGCAGCCUUAUCUAGCGGAAUGUCUCGAAGUACAAGAUUGGCCAUCUUAGAAGACCUCCUUAAAACUCAUAUUGAGAAGUCCAAGAAGUUUACUGAGCUGCUGUCAAAGGGAAAGAAGCUUAAUCUCACAGAGUCUGAAGUUUUGAAGUCUACGGGAAGUUUGUUCCUAAUAAGAGGUAAGCUUAAUUUGUAUUCAGAGUUAAUCGAAACCCCAGAUCUAUACUGGAGUGAGCCCCGACUUGAGAGGAUAUACAAACAGAUGUCCAAAAAUCUGGACAUUCAACCAAGAAUUAGCAUCCUCAAUACCAAGUUGGACUUCGCAGCUGAGGAGUCAAGAGCAUUCAUGGCAGUUCUUAACGAAAAGAAGAGUACGCAUCUUGAGUGGAUUAUCAUAUAUUUGAUUACCAUCGAGGUAUGCUUUGAAUUACAUCACUACUAUGAAAGGUAUUGGAUCGAUAGACCUGAUAAAAUUGAACAAACUGAGGCAUGA